AUGGGAGCUCAUGUAUCCAGAACUGAUUUUGAGUGGGUUUACACGGAGGAACCUCAUGCCAGUCGCCGGAAAAUAAUUCUAGAAAAAUAUCCACAAAUUAAGAAGCUGUUCGGCUACGAUCCUAUGUUCAAAUGGAUAGUGACAAUGAUGGUGGUCAUCCAACUUUUAUCCCUGCCUAUAGUGCAGCACCUCAGCUGGCCGGCGCUACUGCUAAUGGCGUACUGUUUUGGUGGAGUUAUAAAUCAUUCUCUUAUGUUAGCUAUCCACGAAAUAGCUCACAACCUGGCCUUCGGACAUAACCGACCUAUGGCCAACAGACUAUUCGGGUUCUUCGCGAAUCUACCUCUAGGAAUACCUAUGUCUAUUAGCUUCAAAAAGUACCACUUGGAACAUCACAGAUACCAAGGCGACGAAGUGAUCGACACAGACCUGCCGACGCUUCUGGAAGCGAAGCUAUUCUGUACGACAGCUGGCAAGCUUGUCUGGUUGUUCCUACAGCCUUUGUUUUAUACCAUCAGGCCGCUGGUUGUCAGGCCGAAGUCCCCCACGCCGAUGGAGUUCAUCAACCUCGUGAUCCAACUGUUCUUUGAUGCUUGCAUUGUUAAAUUGUUCGGUUGGAAAGUUCUGUUAUAUCUUAUAUUGGGUGGACUAAUGGCUAUGGGAGUGCAUCCAGUCGCAGGUCAUUUUGUGGCAGAACACUACAUGUUCCGCAAGGGCUUCGAGACCUAUUCCUACUAUGGACCCCUGAACUGGAUCACCUUCAACGUAGGAUACCACAAUGAGCAUCAUGACUUCCCCGCAGUACCUGGUAGCAGAUUACCAGAGGUAAAACGCAUUGCCCCAGAAUUCUACGACGAUCUACCUCAACACAACAGCUGGUCGAAGGUUCUAUAUGACUUUGUGUUUGAUCCAGAGGUCGGUCCCUACGCCAGGAUCAAGCGAAUUAAUCUCAUUACUUCCGAAGAGCUGUUGAAAAUUCUACAAGAGUCGGAGCAUGAGGACUCUGAAUCCCAAAAUAUGGAGUACGUUGUAUGGACCGCGGAUUACGCGUCAUUUACUGGCAGAAGGGAAUUAUUUGUAGAAGAUGUUGGCUCCAAAACUUUUGGGACCAAUCUCUUCUAG